AUGGGGUAUGACGUAACCCGCUUCCAGGGGGGUGUGGACGAAGACCUGAUCUGUCCUAUUUGCAGCGGAGUCCUGGAGGAGCCGGUGCAGGCCCCGCGCUGCGAGCAUGCCUUCUGCAACGCCUGCAUCACCCAGUGGUUCUGUCAGCAGCAGACGUGUCCGGUGGACCGCAGCGUCGUGACGGCUGCCCACCUGAGCCCGGUGCCUCGGAUCCUGCAGAACAUGCUGUCCAAGCUGCAGAUCACCUGCGACAACGCGGCCUUUGGCUGCAGUGCCGUGGUCCGGCUUGACAACCUCCGGUCUCACCUCAGCGACUGCGAGCACAACCCAAGGCGGCCUGUGGCCUGCGAGCAGGGCGACGGCCUGGAGAGGCCCAAAGACGAGCUGCCCAGCCACCGCCGCAUCGCGCACCUGCGCGCACUGGUCCAGCAGCAGCAGGCGCGCAUCGCCGAGCUGGAGAAGACCUCGGCCGACCACGCGCACCAGCUGGCGGAGCAGAAGCGAGCCAUCCGGCAGCUGAAGGCACACCUGGCAGCAGGGCGCAGCGCCAGCCCCGACCGGCAACACCUGGAGGAGACCCGUGGGGGCAGUGAGGUCCUGCAGUGGGUGAACUCCCUGCAGCCAGCAAGAGUGACCCGCUGGGGAGGGAUGAUCUCCACCCCGGACGCUGCCCUCCAGGCGGUCAUCGAGCGCUCCCUGGUGGAGAGUGGCUGCCCCGCCGCCAUCGUCCCGGAGCUGAUAGAAAACGCCCACGAGCGCAGCUGGCCCCAGGGGCUGGCCACGCUAGAGACCAGACAGAUGAACCGGCGGUGCUAUAAGAACUACGUGGCCAAGCGCAUCCCCGGCAAGCAGGCUGUUGUGGUGAUGGCCUGUGAGAACCAGCACAUGGGCGACGACAUGGUGCAGCAGCCCGGCCUUGUCAUGAUCUUCUCGCACGGCGUGGAAGAGAUGUAG